AUGCCUGGUUUCAUCCACUUUUGCAUCGUUGUUGCGCUUGCUUCUGCCCUUUCACUCCUUGUAGGAAAGAGCAAUAUUGACAGGACACAGGCAGACCGCCUGCACGACUUCAACGUUACUGUUGUGCUCCUCAACUGGUCGAGACUCCCAAAUGUCGUGAAAAUCGUGUCGGAGAUUUGUCAGAACCUCUUAGAAGAUACAGUUCAGAGCGUCGUCGUUUGGAAUAAUAGUCCCAAGACGAUCUCUCAUCAAGACUUCUCGAACUCACUCUGUCCGAGUGACAGGCUUCGUAUCGUCAACUCUCCAGAAAAUCUCUAUUUUCAAGCGCGGUACAUAGCUUGUGCUGAAGCGUCGACGGCCUAUUGCUUUAUUCAGGACGAUGACUUUUCUAUUCGACCACAAAUCAUCAAGGCCCUUAAUGCCAGGAUCAACCAGGAUGCCGUCCCGGUGAUCCAUUUGCAACCGCCACACGAAAUGCUGUCGAGCCAAUUGCGCACCACCGUUGUUGGUGAUAAAAUACACACCACCUUCGCCUGGUUGGGAUACGGUACUAUGUUGAUGCGCUCUCGAGCCGUCGAGUUCCUAUCGUUACUUGACAGACUCAAAGUCACUGAAGAGGAACGGAAGAUGGCGGACAACUACUUCACAAUCCUGAGCAAUGUCAUUCCAGAGAGGUGGUUCGACGAGGGAAUUGAGCUUGGAGGCGGCCAAGCUUUCACAGUAGGGACGGAAGGAGAUGAGAGAAACAACAGGCAUAUUGUUAGAGCCGCAGAAAUCCUUGACACCCUCGUCUCCGCCAAUCAGACUAACCCAUUAGAUCUUCCUUUCACGUCCUUUGCAAAGGAGACUUCGGAGCCAUCGCACGUAUCGCGGGCACCUUGUCAUGACAAGCCGUGCAUCUUCGAAACUUCCAUUAAUCUUCUCCCUCACAAGAUUGGUGGAUCGCCGACAUCGGCAGCGGAGAUUCUGGGGCUUGAGAAAGACGCACUGCUGAUACUGGGAGAGGCGGGAAAGUCUCAUUAUCUUGAAUUUCCUCCUUCACAUGCAGUCGAUGGUCGGGCAGACACGGUGUUCCGGAGUCCGCAAGGCGCAAACCGGGACGACUACGUGGCUUUGGACACAACGAAGUCCUUCUCUUACGUGAAGGAUGCAGAGCUGGUUUUUCUAGUAGACCCUCCUACGGAGAUUAUUCUGCGCCAUUCUGCUUUCGAGUCCUCCGCUGAUGGAUGCGUUUGGAACACGUGGGAUCGCGGGCUUGAGUGUUUCGACGCAAACUUUGCAAAGACCGUGAGAUUGUGCAAAUCCUCACUCAGCCAUGUGAGCGGACGAUAUUUCCGAGUACGGUCACUCAAGCCGAUGCAGGAGAAAUGGGGUGUCUUCGAGAUGUUUGUUGAUAUCCAGUCCGAAGAGUGA